CACCUUUCAUAUAUGGUCAUGCAAUCAUGACAGAGCGAACGUGUGUGUGCUAAAAACAGUGCGCACCGUGACAAAGUGGAAGGGGGAGGAAAGGUUUCAGCGUUUGGACGAAGCAUUCCUCAAACAGGGACACGAAACUGCGACAUCAUGGACGGCCUGGAAAAGCAGCUAAUCUGUCCGAUCUGCCUGGAGAUGUUCACCAAGCCGGUGGUGAUCUUACCCUGUCAACACAACCUGUGCCGGAAAUGUGCCAAUGACAUAUUUCAGGCCUCAAAUCCUUAUUUGCCAACACGCGGAGGUUCUACAAUGAGUUCUGGUGGCCGGUUCCGUUGCCCGUCUUGCAGACAUGAAGUGGUCCUAGAUCGACAUGGUGUUUAUGGACUCCAGCGGAACCUUCUAGUGGAAAACAUAAUCGACAUGUACAAACAGGAGACAAUCAGUACAAGCAAUAAAGCAGAGCCACAGCAGAAACCAGCUGUAAUGAUGUGUGAGUUACAUGAGGAUGAGAAGAUUAAUAUUUACUGUGUGUCCUGUUCUGUUCCCACCUGCUCUUUGUGCAAAGUGUUUGGUGCUCAUCAGAACUGUGAAGUUGCACCAAUCAGUAGUGUCUACGAGAACCAGAAAACAGAGUUGUCAGAGGGUGUUGCUAUGCUUGUGGGAAACAAUGACAGAAUUCAAGCCAUCAUCAGCCUGCUGGAGGAGAGCUGCAGAUCUGUGGAGGAGAAUGGUCGCAAGCAGAAAAUGCAUGUGUGUGAGUCGUUUGAUCACCUGUAUGCAUUACUGGAAGAUAGGAAAGGAGAGCUGACACUUAAAAUCAGCUCUGAACAGCAGGAGAAACUCAAUUACAUCAAAGGCCUACAGCGCAGGUACACAGAGCAUCUGGACAAUAGUGCAAAGCUGGUGGAGACAGGAAUCCAAACCAUGGAGGAACCAGAGAUGGCCCUCUUCCUGCAGAAUGCAAAGCCUCUACUACAGAAGAUAGUAGAGGGGAGGAACACUUCUUACUUGGAGAAGUUGGAGCGUGGUUAUGAAAAUAUGGAUCAUUUUACUGUCAGCUUCGAGCAUGAAAAAAAAGCCAUCCUUAACAUUGAUUUCACCAGAGAUGAUGAUGAAGCUGAUGAGGAAGAGGAUCAUGAAAUUCAAGUGGUUAAUGAUGCAAGUGUCAGUAGCUGGACUCAGGAGUCUGAAGCAUUUAAGACAUCCCCUGUCAAGCAAAGCCCUAUCCUGACUUCAGUCUCCCAACCAGUUGAAGACAGCGCAUCUCAACUGACUGCGGCUCCAAGCCCUGCUCAGACAGUGGACUCCAGUUCAACACAAAACACAACACUUUCUACUUCCACUACUGUCCAAACAAAAAGCACUAGCAUGUCACAGAAUAUAUCCUCAGUCACACCAACUCCAACCACAGACCCCAGUGCUCCAGAAAAAACUGCAACAGAGGGAUCCACCAACCCCAGUGCAGGAAUUGCCAAUCAAAGCUCAGAUGGUCCACGCCAUGUUUUCUCCUUUUCCUGGCUAAAUACACCCAAAUAAAAAUUAUGUUCUAAAUGUGACAAUUUCUUUUUACCAGACAUUCAGUUAAAAUCACAUGACUUUUUCAGUUUUCUUUUUCUUAAGAGACAUUAUGUGAAGCAGAUAUUUCAGACUCCAGCAGUGGGACAAUGGACAACACAGAAUAAUCCGAGAGAUAUAAUAAUCAGUAAUUAAAUGUGAUCAUUGUUCAGUAAGCGGUGAGUGAAAAAAAUAAAAGAAUAUGAAUGUAAAUUUUUCUGCUGUUUAUUUUAUGCACAACUUCCCGCAAUAAUACAUCUAGUGAACAGUAUGAAAAGGUGUCUGACGGAUCAGUAGGAAGGUCAUAAUCAUGUAACAUGUAGCUUUUACUUCCCAAAGAAGUCCAUCAUUUUUCGGUUGUUGCUUGCCUGUUGCACUAACUGUUCA